AUGGCAGUCAAAUUCUCCUUCAAGGCGCUUGCCAAAGUGACUCGAGCGGCCCUCAAGAUCUGGCACCGCGUGGCAAAGUACACGACCAAGCCACUGCUCAGUCAAGGCGUGGACGGCGACAUGGCAAUGGCCCAGGACUCUCGACGGGUCUUUGAUACAAGGGCGCAACUCGAAAGGAGGACGCACAUUGCGUUUGAUGAUAAACUCAAGCUCCUCACGCCGGACGAAGCGACCGUGUACCCGCCACCAGCAUCCCCGACCAAGGUGGUGGCACUUGCCAAUUGGGAGGCCGCACCCACGUUCGUGCUGGAUGACCAUUUGGGAAAUGGCUUCCCCAGAGUGAGUGCCGAUCGACUGCUGAACAAGUGUAACCCGUUCCUGUCUGGGAAGCGGAGGGCACGGAGUGACGACGACACGACGUCGGACGCCCAGACGGCAUCAACCGACGGCUCGAUCGUGCUCGAGAACGGUGUCAAGACCCGUGACGACGGGACGGACGAGGUCGAUAUAGCUGAGAAGCGGGGGAGUAGCACCCACCAGAAAGUAGCGAUGCAAGCAAAAGGUGAGCAGAUCUCGGCUCCGUGCUUCGAUGCAUGUGCAAAGGAGGACGUUGAGGCUGCUAAACCCAGCAAGCGGCCAUCUUGCUGGGUCUGUGUUGGCCAUGGUCGCUAUGUCAAGCGAGGACGUCCGUUUCCACGAAAGCUCUGUCGGUUGAGUCCAGCCAAGAGCAAAGUCUUCGUGGGAAGCGCGAUAGGAACAGGUUCAGAAUAG